AUGAACCUCGACGAGUUCGAGCUCGCCCGGAGCGAGCUGUGCCCCGGCGACGGCGACACGUUCAGCCUGCAGCUCGAAUUCCGGAGGAAGCCGGCCCAGCGGUCCUCGCAAAGCACCGCUGGCUUGCUUUCCGGCCUAUCCUCGCGCGACUCCAGCAUCCGCUACAUGAACUGGAAUUCCGAGGAGCUGCGUGGCGGCGCGCGCACCUCGCUCGUGACGGACAUCACCGGCCCGGUGGGGUGCCCGUCGUUUCCCGAGGUGCAGCGGUUGUACAUCCCCGAGGUGGCGGCGACCUCCCUGUCGACGAUGCUCAUGGGCGGCCCCGAGCCGAUCGCCACGUCUACCCCCAUUCGAGGUGUGCUGCCCGAGAGCCGGGAGUCGAGCUUCGAGCGCGACGUCGAGCAGGCCAAGGACUUUUUGCGAAGGGCCAAGCUGAGGGACACCGGGCGGUACGCACGCAACAGCCAGUCGGCCGACUCGUGGACCUCCGGCAGCAUGGACAUGUCCACCCAAGGCUCCGUCCACCCCUUUGACGUCACCCCGUUUCCGGUGAAAGAGCGCGUGAAGCCGGGCAGGGAGGAAGUCCUCGGCCAGCUUCGUCAGCACAUCACGCGCAAGGAGGCUCCGCCCGCCCAGAGGACUGAAUCUGAAGACCCACUUGAGCGCCUGUACGCCUCGCUGCAGCCUCAGCAA